CGCCCUUGACAUUGCUAGGACGACGGAGGUAGACGACCAGUUUGAGGGGGAGGUAACUCUAAACGAUAAUACAUAUACAACUUCCGGUGUAACUUCCGGAAUCAAUAUUUACACGUUUCCCCGACUAAGUAAAAUCAAACACCAACUUCAAGAUUUGUUAGUGAUAAAGCGAAUGACUGGAUUUGAAGGAAGAAGAUCCUCUUGAAAAUUUUUGGCCUGUCAACAGAACAGAGAAGUAUGGAUCCUAUUAGUUGAAAUAAAGUCAGAAUUCUGUUGGUUCAAAGUGACCCAUCUUAAUUGUUAAUGAUGCCCAAAAGAAAUGCAGUUGAUGGCCAAGGUGCCAAGUACCACAAACUAACCAGGACAGCAGAUGAUGGUUAUAUUGAUCUACAGUUUGAGCGACCACCACCUAAGGUGCCUUACAAAGCCAUAUUGUUGGCCACUGUCCUUUUCUCAGUGGGAAGUCUACUGAUUAUCAUUGGUGCCAUGUUGCUGUCAGGGUACAUUGAUGCUAAGUACCAGGACAGAACUUGGCCUGUGCUUCUCAUUGGUGCGCUGAUGUUCAUCCCAGGUGCAUAUCACGUCCGCAUUGCUUACUACGCUUAUAAAGGCUACUCGGGAUACUCUUAUGACGACAUACCUGAAUUUGAUUGAUAAAACUUCUAAUGGAAGAUAAUAGCUAAUCACAGGGGCCUGACAUGGGUUUACGACACACACAGUCUUUAUACUUGUAUGUGUGGUUGGCGAUUUGUGUCAAGUCCCUGUGUUUCUAAUGAAGAUAUUUUUUAUAAAUGUUUUCAGUAUUGAUACUACUAUAAACUUAUACUGGACAAAAGUGAAGUUAAAUGUCUUAAUGUUGUGCAAUACACUCCAAAGUAGAAAUUGUUCAAAAAUAUUGACAAAAAUGUCUUUCUUGGAGAGGUAGAAACAUAUUAAGGCUGGUUUUAAAUUUUGUAUGGAGGAUUUGUAUAAUUUUGUUUCUGAAAUAACUUGUUUCAUUUCAUAACAGAAAAAAAUUAACCCAGUCAAAUAUUUGCAGCAAAUUCAUACUUUCAAGUAAUAGCCAUUUUUGUCAAUUCACACAAUAAUAUUAAUGUCUGACAGAUGUGGCUGGA